AUGCCUAUGAAUGUGAUUUUAGAGGGGGAAUUGUUCGAUGUGUGGGGCAUUGACUUCAUGGGGCCCUUUCCACCAUCUUUCGGGAACUUGUUUAUCUUACUCGCUGUUGAUUAUGUCUCAAAGUGGGUCGAAGCGAUAGCCAUUAGUACAAAUGAUUCCAAGUAUGGUGUUCGACAUAAGGUGGCUUUGGCCUAUCACCCCCAGUCUAAUGGCCAAACUGAGGUAUCAAACCGAGAGAUCAAGUCAAUCUUGGAGAAAACAGUGAAUUUAAAUAGAAAGGAUUGGUCUCAAAAGCUUGAUGACUCUUUAUGGGCUUACAGGACAGCGUAUAAAACUCCUCUCGGUAUGUCUUCUUAUCGACUAGUAUUUGGCAAAGCUUGUCACUUACCAGUAGAAUUGGAGCACAAGGCUUAUUGGGCGAUCAAGAAGCUUAAUUUUGAUUACCAAGCAGCGGGUGAGAAGAGGUUAUUGUAG